UCUCGCCGCAGGAAGCAGAAGAUGGCUAUGCUCAGACGCUUAGCACUCGCGUUCUUUCUGAGCUGCUUCUCAUGCUCGGUUUCUUCCCUAGCUUCCUCUGAUGAUUUUCUCCAAUGCCUAGCCAAGAAGAUACCUAGCGAGCUUGUUUACAAGCAGAGCUCUAGCGACUUCACCGAUGUGCUGGUCUCCUCCAUCAGGUUCCCCAAUUUCUUCACCAACACCACGGUGAGGCCGCUCUGCAUCGUGACCCCGACCGACGCCGGCCACGUCCAGGCCGCCGUGCUCUGCGGCUGCCGGUAUGGCGUGCGCCUCCGCGUGCGCAGCGGCGGCCACGACUACGAGGGCCUGUCGUACCGGUCGGUGCGGCCCGAGGUGUUCGGGGUGGUCGACCUCGCCAAGCUCCGCUCCAUCAGCGUCAAAGAGUCCGAGUCCACCGCUUGGGUCGAGUCCGGCGCGACCAUCGGGGAGCUCUACUACGCCAUCGGGAAGAACAACUCUGAGCUCGCGUUCCCGGCCGGCGAGUGCCCCACCCUCGGCGUGGGCGGCCACUUCAGCGGCGGAGGCGUCGGCAUGCUGAUGCGCAAGUACGGCCUCUCCAUCGACAACGUCGUCGACGCGAAGCUGGUCAACGCCAAGGGGGAGCUCCUCGACAGGGCCGGCAUGGGGGAGGACCACUUCUGGGCCAUCCGAGGCGGCGGCGGCGAGAGCUUCGGCAUCGUGCUCUCGUGGAAGAUCCAGCUCUUGCAUGUCCCACCGACGGUGGCGGUUUUCAGCAUCUCGAAGACUCUUGACCAGGGUGCCGUAGACAUCGUUACCAGAUGGCAAGUCGUUGGGCCAUCACUCCCCGACGACCUCACCAUGAGGGUCAAAGUGCAGGGGCAGGAAGCCACGUUCCUGGCCGUGUACCUCGGCACGUGCAGCUCGCUCGAGUCCACGAUGGGCCGCGAGUUCCCGGAGCUCAACAUGACGAGCGCUGACUGCCGGCCGAUGACCUAUCUCGAGUCCACGGCCUUGUCCUUCACCACCUUGGCCAACAUCGGCACCCCGGAGGAGGUGCUUUUGAACAGGACCAGCAGCCUGGACAUCUCCGUCGAGGGCAAGUCCGACUACGUCCGGCGCCCCAUCUCCAAGGACGCCUGGAACGACAUCUUCUCCUGGUUCAAGAUGAACGGCUCCGGGCUCAUCAUGCUGGAGCCCCACGGCGGCUUCAUCGGCAGCGUCCCCAACGCCACCACGCCGUACCCGCACCGCGACGGCGUCCUCUACGUCAUCCAGUACCUCGUGUUCUGGCCAGGGGCCAAUGGCGCCACGGCGCAGACAUGGCUGCACGACUUCUACGACUUCAUGGGGCAGCACGUGACCGCGAACCCGAGGGAGGCCUACGUCAACUUCCGGGACCUGGACAUCGGACAGAACGCGGUGGUCGACGACGUGAGCACGUUCGAGAGCGGCCAGGUGUGGGGCGAGCGCUACUUCAUGGGCAACUUCCGUAGGCUCGCCAUGGUGAAAGCUCAAGUGGACCCGACGGACUACUUCAGAAACGAGCAGACCACACCGCCGCUGCUCCACCGACGCAUGUGAGCAGAGUUGCUAGUCGGUGUUAAUUUACAUUCCUGACCGACUAAAGCAUUAUCAAGUUGUAAGACCGCUUAAUUACUUUCCUGAAUGAAUGAUGUAUAAUAAAGUUGUACCAGUUGGCUGGAUUGCGACAA